AUGAAUUUUCCCGAAAUAAAAUGCAGAGAAGGAAAAUAUAACUACUCCGUCAAAGAGAUAGAACGUAUGAGAAACGACUAUGCAGACUUAAAGAAAGAAGCAGAAAAGCCAGCAGAAGAUAAAAUGAACAUGUUAGAAUUUCUGAACAAAAACUAUCCAACAGCAGAAGAUUUCCUUCUAUCUGACGUCAAGAAGAAGUAUAAAGAAACUUUCGGCAUUGUUAAAACAUUCGAUGUACUAAAAGAAGAAAUAGAAGCUACGAAACUGUUUAAGAUUUCAAAUAUACAUCGUACAAUUCAUGUAAAAAGCUUGUGA